GGGACGUAGCAUUCACAAGCGCUCAGGUGCGACUUACACUCCGGUGCGACUUAACGGAAUCAAAAUGACGUCCAAAAUGGUGGUCACGCAACCUGGGCCCAUUAUGGUCCACCAGGAAUCUAGCGAGUGGGGGAGUGGAAUAUGUGACUGUUGUCACGACGUCCCAAUGUGUUGUUUCGCAUUCUGGUGCUUCCCCUGCUUUACCUGCAUAAAGGCAAGGAACUAUGGUGAGUGCCUCUGUCUCCCCCUGGUGGACUUCUUCCUGAGAGGAUGUGUCCCGGCCAUCACCAUGUCCAUGAGGGUGUCCAUGAGACAACGCUACGGAAUCAGAGGCACCAUGUUUGACGACUGCGUGUGCGCCACCUUCUGUCAGCCGUGCGUCUGGUGCCAGAUGGCCCGAGAGAUGAAUGAACGGGAAAUCCCGAUUGUCCUGGUUAACACGUUUAGGAAAACGUACGCAUGAGACAUCUUUUGCAUCGUUAUCUUGACGUAGAUCGGUCGCAUAUGUACAGGGUUGUCUAACUAACAGUCGGAAAAUACAAUAUAAUAUAAUAAUAUAAUAAAACAUAUGUUCAUUGAGCCGCUUUUUAUUAGAUGUUUGAUAAGAUUUUUUUUUACAAUUUGGAUAUUUGCACUAUUUUCUGAAGUGAGCUAACUCAGCAGGCACAAGACAUUGAUACAAUGUUGAUUAUACAUACAUGUCCUUUGAAACAACGUUGCAAAAUGGUUGUAUUUGUAAAUUGAGACACCGUUGAUGCCCAACAUUGGAUCCACGUUGUUGGUUGGGAAACGACCAAAUUUCAAAGGUCAAAUCAAUGUCACAACCUGACAUUGAAUAAAUGUUGUCUAAAAGCAUGUUGUUUCAACGUUAUAUUUGUGUUGUAGAAUUUUGGUUGGGAAAUGACCAAACUUCAAUGGUCAAAUCAACGUGAGUACCCAACAUUGAUUAAACGUCGUCAAAAAGCAUGUUGUUUCAACGUUAUAUUUGUGCUGUAGAAUAUUGGUGGAGAAAUGACCAAACUUCAAUGGUCAAAUCAACGUCGGAACCUAACAUUGAUUAAACGUCGUCAAAAAGCAUGUUGUUCCAACGUUAGGUUUGAGUUGCUCGACGUCAGGACCUAAUUAUAAUAAAUGAUGAAUGGGUUGUACUUGUAUAGCACUUUUCUACCUUCAAGGUACUCAAAGCGCUUUGACACUACUUCCACAUUUACCCAUUCACACACACAUUCACACACUGAUGGAGGGAGCUGCCAUGCAAGGCGCUAACCAGCACCCAUCAGGAGCAAGGGUGAAGUGUCUUGCUCAGGACACAACGGACAUGACAAGGUUGGUACUAGGUGGGGAUUGAACCAGGGACCCUCGGGUCACGCACGGCCACUCUUCCACUGCGCCACGCCGUCCCUUCAAUAAGUUCUCAACGUAGUUUUGAUGUCUUGUGCCUGCUGGUAACCCUUCACAUGUGACUGCCUUCAUUUUAGCUUUUAUUUGAAAUCAAACAGUACUACAAAAUGACAUUUUAAAAACUCAAUAAGGUAAGUUUAUUUCAAUGUAU